AUGUCUGAAGAAAGAGUUAUAUCAAAAAAUGAACAAAAAAGAUUACUGAAGGCAAAGAAAAAAAAAGAAGAAGAAGAAGCUAAGGCAGCUUUAAAUGCAAGUAAAAAUGUUAAUCAGAAAGCUGCUUCUGCUGCAUCUACUGGAGGAAUUAACGAUGAGAAUAUUUCUCCGAAUGAAUACAUUAAAUUGAGAAGUCAAGCUGUAAUGAAACUUAAAGAAAAAGGAAAAAAUCCCUAUCCCCAUAAGUUUCAUGUUACAAUAUCAUUACAAGAUUUUAUUAACAAGUAUAAUAAUUUGCCAGUAGGACAUGUGGAGGAAGAUACUGUUGUAAAUUUGGCUGGGAGAAUUCAUUCAAUAAGAGGAUCUGGUUCUAAACUAAUUUUUUACGAUUUGAGAAGUGAAGGUGUAAAAAUUCAGAUUAUGGCUAAUGCCAAAUAUUAUGUUUCUGAAGAAUUAUUUUCAGAAGAUACUAGCAAAUUAGGUAGAGGUGAUAUAGUGGGUGUGAAAGGACAUCCAGGUAAAACUAAAAAGGGUGAACUCUCUGUAAUACCUAAGGAAAUUACCCUUCUCACCCCUUGUCUUCAUAUGCUCCCUCAUUUACAUUAUGGCCUAAAAGAUAAGGAAACAAGGUUUAGAAUGAGGUACCUUGAUUGUAUAUUAAAUGACUAUGUUAGGCAAAAGUUUUUUAUUCGCGCUCAAAUAAUUUCAUAUAUUCGAAGAUUUCUCGAUGAAUUAGGAUUUUUAGAAAUUGAAACUCCCAUUAUGAAUAUGAUAGCAGGAGGAGCAUCAGCAAAACCUUUCACAACUUAUCACAAUGAAUUAAAUAUGAGUCUUUAUUUAAGAGUUGCCCCUGAAUUGUAUCACAAAAUGUUAGUAGUGGGAGGUAUUGAUAGAGUUUAUGAAAUUGGUAGACAAUUUCGUAACGAAGGUAUCGAUUUAACGCAUAAUCCUGAAUUUACAACUUGCGAAUUCUAUAUGGCUUAUGCUGAUUAUAAUGAUUUAAUGGAAAUAACGGAAAAAUUGCUAUCAGGAAUGGUAAAAACUAUUUUUGGAAGUUAUAAAAUAAAAUAUCAUCCAAAAGGUCCUGACGAUGAGGAAGUUGAAAUAGAUUUUACUCCACCGUUUAAAAGAAUUUACAUGAUUCCAGCCCUUGAAGAGGAAUUAAAAGUAAAACUGCCAAAGCCCCAAGAUUUUGGUUCUCCCGAAGCAAACAAAGUUCUUAAAGAUCUCUGUGCAAAAUUUCAAGUUGAAUGCCCUCCUCCGACCACAUCCGCUCGAUUACUCGACAAAUUAGUCGGUGAAUUUCUCGAAGAGAAAUGCAUUAAUCCAACUUUUAUAUGCGAUCACCCUCAAGUUAUGUCUCCUUUGGCCAAAUGGCAUAGAUCUACGCCGGGCCUGACGGAACGUUUUGAACUUUUCAUAAUGAAAAAAGAAGUUUGCAAUGCUUACACGGAAUUAAACGAUCCUCUUGUUCAGAGAGAGAGAUUCGAAGAGCAAGCAAAAGAUAAAGCUGCGGGUGAUGAUGAAGCCCAAUUAAUUGACGAGAAUUUUUGCACGGCUUUGGAAUAUGGACUUCCUCCAACCGGGGGUUGGGGAAUGGGAAUCGAUCGACUCACAAUGUUUUUAACGGAUUCGAAUAAUAUAAAAGAAGUAUUAUUUUUCCCGGCUAUGAAACCAGAAGAUCAAAAACCUGAAGAAAAAGAAGUUAAGCAAUAA